GGCCGGUUGGACCACCACCUGGACCACCACCUUCUGGACCACCGUCUUCUGGACCACCGCCCUCUGGACAACCGGCAUCUCAAUAUUCUCAGCCGCAAUAUGGUCAAAACACAUAUGGACAGCCGCCAAGUGGUGGGUAUGGGCAACCGCCAAGUGGUGGGUAUGGACAACCUCCAACAGGUUAUACACCACCAAGUGGCGGGUACGGACAACCACCACCAAGUGGCGGGUACGGACAACCACCACCAACAGGUUAUACAUCACCGCCCACUAGUGGUUAUGGACAACCUCUAUCAACUAGUUAUGCUCCACCACCAAGUAGUGGACAUGGUCAACCUCCACCAACAGGCUACAGUUCUUACGGACAACCACCCUCCGGUCAGUAUCCACCCCAAGGUCAAUAUUCACCCCAAGGUCAAUAUCCACCCCAAGGCCAAUAUCCACCUCAAGGAAGCCAAUAUCCACCCCAGGGAGGUCAAUAUCCACCUCAAGGUCAAAAUGCGCCACCCGCAGCAAGUUAUAAGCCACCUUCAACUAGUAAACCUGCUUCUUCAAAAUCGUCUUUUUCUUCUGGACUAGCCUUGGCAGGUGCUGCUGGUGUCGGUUUACUUGGGGGUUUCCUUGCAACUGAAGCCGUGGAAAGCUAUAAAGAACAUAAGCAUGAAAAGCACGAAGAAGAAGAAAGACGAAGACAUGAAUUUGUGCAUCAUCAUAUUGGUCAAAAACCAGUCGAAACAUAUGAAUCUGAUGGUUUAUUUAGCAAGAAAACAGAAACCGUGUAUGUUGAUGAUUGUGGAAACGAGGAAGUCAUAGAAACAAAAACGGGGUUGUUUGGUACUAAAACUGAGAUGUAUAGACGUGUAUGUACUUUUAAUACUGAAGCUUUUACUA